AUGUCGAUCAGAAUAGCGCUCGACAACCAGCCAGAGUUCUACACCAACCUCGACUCUCUCGCUGGCCGCGUCGUCCUGCACUUGAGCCGUCCUGAGCAGAUCGGCGGCAUCAUUGUGAAGCUCGAGGGCGAGUCCAAGACGGCACUGGGUCUGCCGUCAAACUAUGAUGACCGGAACCAUCCGCGCCCGCUGAUGCCGCCCGGGGGAGGGCCCGGCAACAUCGCCAGCGAGAACCACAAGAUUCUGUACCGGGUGGCUCAAGUGUUUCCCACCUACGAAGAAGAUCUCGGCGGAAGCUCAUCUUUGGGCGGAAGCUACGUCAUCCAGGGCGGCCAGCAUGAGUUUCCCUUCAAGUUCAAGCUUCCCAUCAACAACGCAUGCAGCGACCCCGUGGCCAUGUCCAAGAUUGGCGGCAUCGGCGGCAUGGGAGGUUUCGGCGCCGGCAUCGGGCCUUUCGGACUCGGCGGCGCGAGGGUCAUGGACGGAAGCAAACAGCUAUUUCUCCAACACGUCACCAAGACUUUGCCUCCGUCCUUCACCGGCUUCCCCCGGCAGGCCGAGGUCCGCUACUUCAUCAAAGUCACUAUCCAACGGCCCGGUUUCCUGAAAGAGAACUGGCGGUACCAGAUCGGCUUCAAGUUCAUGCCCAUCGAGCCUCCCCGCCCUCCGAAGACAUCCCAGGAAGCCUACGCUCGCAGACCCUUCACUUUCAAGCCGCGGCCGCAGGGCCUGCAAAAGAAGAAGAGCUCACUAUUCGGAUCCUCCAAAGAUGAACCCGAAGCGAGCAAUGGAGAUGCCGUGCCCCCUUCCAUCGAACUCUCCGCCCGCCUGCCUCAUCCCUCAAUCUUGACCUGCAACCAGCCGCUCCCUCUCCGCCUCAUCGCCAAAAAGCUCAUCCCCUCACACGAGCAAGUUUUCCUCACAUCAAUUCAAAUCGAGCUCAUCGGCAAGACCCACGUGCGAUGCCACGACCUCUUCAACACGGAAGUGAGCAGAUGGGUAGUCGUCACCCAAACGGGCCUCAGCAUCCCGCUCCUCGACAACCCGACCUCAGACGACUUGAACCAUGAGUCCGUCAUCCCGGACGAGCUCUGGCGCAACAUCCCGCUCCCCAACACCGUGGCCCCGAGCUUCGUCGCCUGCAACCUCCAGCGCCACUACGAGCUCGACAUCCAGCUGGGUCUGUGCUGGGGCAAGCCGCCCUCGACGAGAACUUUCCUGGGCUCCUCAAAGGACAACCCGGCCGCGCAGACGAUCUUCCUCCCGUUGCACUUCUCAAAGGUCCAGAUCUUCUCCGGCAUCGCGCCGCCGCCGCAGCUGCUCGAGGCCCUGGCGCAGCAGGCGAACCGUCCUUCGGCCGCCACCAUGAGCGUGCCUCCCAGGUUACCCCCUAGAACAUCGCAAUCCGCACCAAUCACGCACACAAUGGGACGCGGGCAGCAGCAGCCGCAGCAGCAGCAGCAACGUCCUCCCAACGCUCCGCCGCAACAGCAACAACCUGCCGCGCCGCAGUAUGACCCGCUGUACCCGCCUCAGAUGGGCACGCCGGGCGCGGCGUCGUUCGACGACGCACCCCCGAGCUACGACGAGGCUAUGGCCACCGGCGCGCCGGCGCCGGAGGAAAGGCCGGCGUACAGCGGCGUUACGAACGAGAAUGCGCCGAGCCAGAUUCCGGAAAAGAGCUAG